AUGGGCCGGCGUAUUAGUGACUGCCCGGAGCUGCUUGUAGAACCAGUAGCACUGGAGACGGCACACGCACGCCAGAUUCUAAGCCGGUGCGUGGAGGACUGCGUUGGCAACAGCGUGUUGUUCAAAGGCCUUCUGAAGAAGGGGCGCAACGAGGGGGAGUACUUCCUGCUCUCUGUGGGGUUGCUCGGUUUGUGGGGCAAAGAGGGCCUUACUGAUAACACGGUUACGUGGGGUCCAAGGGGCCAGUUUUUUGACCAUCUGGUAAACUUGUCGUUGGUCUCCCUGUUGGGCAGCCUCUUCAGUGGCUUGGAGCAAGUCAAGAAUUUCCUGACGUUUUUUCGCAAAGCAGGCUUUCUUAGCCUUUUUCGCCUCCAAGUGAUAUCGGGUGGCCGCCCGCCAGGCCGCAAACAGGCGGCCCGUGCGUCGAGUCUGGACCGCAGUGUACCUGGCUUGCUGUCUGAGCCUCCAGAGGUGCUGAAUCGUGGCGUUGCUUGGUGCCGGUGGCUUGGCAAUAGCAGGAAAUUCCUGUUGACAAGCCUGACGGAGCACAGCAUUGAUAUCCAAAGCUUGCGUAGGGGAGCCUCCUUCGUGCUGCUCUACCCUUUGCGCAACCGCGGCGCGCAGCUGUUGAGCGUCCGUGUUGUUACGACGGGCAGCAUCAUCCAGCGAUUUUUUGUCAAUUGGCGCUGCCGCCGCUCUGCGUGCGGGCAGCAAAAAGUGGUUCAUUACCCGAAGACUUGCUUCGAGUCCGAAGUGACCGAUGUGCAAUCUCCAGGUGCCAAUGGGUGGCUUGGCUACUUUAACUUUUUUCGCUUUUGCGUCUGCUGUGGUGAUUCUCGUGAAGAUAAAGUCGAUUUGGCUCGUUCCGGCCUUAUUGUUGGGUGCUUGAUUGAAUUGGGUGGGUUGUGGAGGGCCACACCACGUGUUGAGCGCGGCGAGCCCGUGGCUCUCGAGAAACGUGUUGAGAGCGUCCGGGUCCAGGGCAUCAGCACCUGUGUGAAAGGGUGUAUUGCAGGUGGAUCUGGCUACGUGUGGCGUAGCUGGCUUAACCUCGGCUUGAAAGUCACCGGCUAUCACAAGAGUAGCUCGCAUGGGAAUGCCAGCAAUCGCACGGCCCAGUUUACUAAGCAGAGCUUGCCUUUUAUCACGCAGGACAACAGGAUUAACAGUGAAGUUGUGUGGAAACUGGUAGCAAUUGAAGAGCUCAACCCUUCCAUGGGGAGUCUGAAUUUGCGUGCGAAGGAUUCGGCCAGGCUGGAUUUCUUCGUGGCGAAUGGUAUCUGUUUUGUGGCGUGGGUGGAUCAACGUGAGGACACCGUCAGCCUUGGCCUUGGUGCCAGAGUGUAUGGCACGCCAGCCUUGAACAACAAAUUCAGAGGACAUCGUCCAGUGAGUUUCUUGAAGGCAAAUGACAUCGUGCUGGGCAUGCAGGAGACACUCCUUGAGCUCUUGCCACAGCAAGGUGGACAACGAGCCAACAUUCAGCGAGAGCAUCCGGAGCCGAUUGGCAUAUUUGGUGCCCCUUCUGGGACCUCUCCUGUCGCCCUUGGUUUGUGA